AUGCUGAAGGCCUGUGUUCUUUUUUUAGGCCAAGGUCGAGGCUCUCACAAAGAGUCUGGAAGGAAAAAGGAAUUUGGAAAAUCUCCUUUAUCAUUUGGCAUGUGCUCACAGUCGAAGGAUUUUUCUGUCAGGAUAGUUCAUGCUGGUGGGCGAGAGGAGUUGUAUCAACAUGCAGUUCCUGCAUCUCACUUGAUGGAAAAAUAUCCUGGGAUGUGUGUUGCCAGGCCAGAAGUUUUCAGAAAUCCACGACAGUCCCUGCUGUGGCCGGAUGAGAAUUUGUUGCCUGGUCACAAAUAUCUUAUAAUCCCAUCUACCACUGCUCAGAAAUUGAAAGGUAAGCAAAUGGAGAAGGCAAAAGUCACAGGAUAUGCUGAAGGUAAAGAUGAGAUGUUAGAUGUAAAUAUCACUUGGGAGGCGGGUAGAGACAUUUCAGAGGAAUCUAUUUCUUCUGCAAAAGAAUUUUAUACCUCCAAGGGCAGGUGGUCAAGAGACUCAAAAUGUUCAGCAAGGAGGAGUUUUAGACCAAGGAAGCCUUUUGUACCCCCUCUCCCAAAGGCAAGGAUUUUGCGGGGACCUGGGUGGGAACCGAGUUUGACAUCUGUACGAGAACUCUCUCCAUGACAAUUUGAUCUACCUUAUGGCUUGUAUCAUUGUGUAUUCUGGUAUGUGGUCCUUCCAGAGUUAUUUUUGCGCUUUAUUAUGAACAGUAGUGUUUAGUCGUACAAGACAAAUGGAUUAGCGUUCUGCUCCCAAGUUUCAAAACCCUUUUUCAUGAUUGUGGAAGCUGCAUGAACAAUUCAUUUGUAUCUCUUCCAUAAUCUCAGACUCCUGAAUUUGAAUAUUCUCUAUGUUAUUACGUAUGAAUUUUGAA